AUGUGUAAAUUAAAUUUAGUGCUCGUGUUCCUGUGUUUAUUAAACUUAGUGGAGAUGAGAACACUGUAUCGCCCUAAUCCUGAUGAUCCUACCGCGAUUGCGUUCGAUGGUCCCACGAACUAUGAAACUAGGAAGCAAUCUGAAAAUGAAGUCGAUGAUUAUGACGUUGAUAUUUGGAAGCUUGCAGACGUAAGAUUUGCAGACGAGGACACAGAUGUAAGGAAACCAAAGGCUGAAGUGAGCGACGUUGGCUUCUUCUUUCCUGACCAACAAUAUUAA